ACAGGCUACAUUCAGCAGCCGAUGACAACGGGGAGAUUGGAGAAAGCUUUCUUUUAAACGCAGAUUUGGACUCAGAGUUUUCAAAAAAUGCCUGUAAAGGGUCCGGCCAAACCUAAGCAGGCUGGAGGAGGUGCUUCCAGUCUGAAAGUUGGCAAGGGACGUCCUCCCCGUGUCAGCAUGGGAGGUGCCAAAGUGGCUCUCAAGGAUGAUGUAAGAGAUGAUGUUACCGAAGUUGGAGAAGGAGGCCAUGGUGAGGAGUGGAUGCAGACCAAGUCUCUCAUCAAGCCAGAUGACCAGCUAGAUUUAACAGACACUGAACUGAAGGAAGAAUUCACCCGCAUCCUAACAGCCAAUAAUCCCCAUGCACCGCAAAAUAUUGUCAGGUACAACUUCAAGGAACGUGUUUACAAGCAGACUUCACAUGUAGACCAGCUGGCUAUCCACUUCUCGCUGGACGGCAAUAUGAUCCACAAAGACUCCGAUGAGGCCAGGCGGCAAAAAGCGAAAUACGGUGCAGCAGAAAAAUAUCUCUUCUCGAAAAGAAUGAAGAGUGGUGCUGUUAGUGACCAGGCCAUUAGUGAGGCUGGGGAGGAAAAGAAGGACGAAGAAGGCGAGGAGAAAGCAGAGGGGGAUGAAGGCGCUGAGAAAAGGGAUGAGGAGAGCACCCCAGCCCCUCCCAAGGGAUCGGACAAGAAGUUGACCAACCAGUUCAACUUCAGCGAGAGGGCUUCUCAGACUUACAACAAUCCAUACAGAGAGCGAGCCACCCAGACUGAGCCACCACCCAGAGCCAGUUUCUCUGCCACUGGCAACCAGUGGGAGAUCUAUGACGCUUACAAGGAGGAUCAAGAAAAACAGGCCGAGGAGAAAGCCAAGGAAAAGAAGCAAACCUUAAGCAAGAAGGAGGAGGGUACCGUCAAGAAGAAGCUGACUGCCAUGGAGACGCAGACGGACGACAUCUCCCGCAUCAGCCAUGCCGCUAAGAUUGUUGAACGCAUGGUCAACCAGAACACCUUUGAUGACGUCUCCCAGGACUUCAAGUACUGGGAGGAUGUCUCGGAUGAGUACCGUGAUUCAGAAGGUACCUUGCUGCCGCUGUGGAAGUUUGGCUAUGAUAAAGCCAAGAGACUGGCCAUCACGUCAUUGUGCUGGAACCCCAAAUACAGGGAUCUGUUUGUGGUCACCCAUGGUUCCUAUGAUUUCAUGAAGCAGUCCCGAGGCAUGCUCCUGUGCUACACCCUCAAGAACCCCUCCUACCCAGAGCACAUCUACCCUACCACCAGUGGCGUCAUGUGCGUGGAUGUCCACCCAGAGCAUCCUUACCUUGUGGCUGUGGGGUUCUACGAUGGCUCGGUUGCUGUGUACAACGUGACGGACAAGGAGAACAAACCCAUAUACCAGAGCACCGCGAAGACAGGCAAGCACACAGAUCCAGUAUGGCAGGUGGCUUGGCAGAAGGAUGACCUAGACAACAACCUCAACUUCUUCUCUGUAUCAUCCGAUGGCCGGGUGGUGGCUUGGACUCUCGUCAAGAAUGAAUUAACAUACACAGAUGUGAUCCAACUGAAACUAGAUGAAGCACCCCAAGAAGGACCAGAAGGAACACAGCUGACACCGUUGGGCUGUGGUACCUGCUUUGACUUCCACAAGCAGACCGACUACCUGUUCCUGGUGGGCACCGAGGAGGGCAAGAUCCACAAGUGCUCCAAGGCCUACUCCAGCCAGUUCCUGGACACCUUUGACGCCCACCACAUGGCCGUCUACAAGGUCCACUGGAACUACUACCACCCAAAGAUCUUCAUCUCCUGCAGCGCGGACUGGACCGUCAAGAUCUGGGACCACUCCUACAGGAAUGGAGCCAUGUUCACCUUUGACCUGGGUAGCUCUGUAGGUGACGUAGCCUGGGCCCCUUACUCCUCCACUGUCUUUGCAGCAGUCACAGCUGAUGGAAAGGUGCACGUGUUUGACCUGAACAUCAACAAGUACGAGCCAAUCUGUGAACAGGCUGUCGUGCAGAAGAAAAAGACCAAGCUUACCCACAUAACCUUCAACCCCAACCAUCCCAUCAUCCUGGUCGGUGAUGACAGGGGCUACGUGACUAGCCUGAAGCUGUCGCCAAACCUGAGGAAAGUUCCAAAGGACAAGAAAGGGGUGGAGCUACAACGAGGCCCAGAGCAGGAGAUCGCCAAAAUGGACAAACUGCUGGCACUGGUGCGUGAACCCUCCAACAAGGACAACUGAGAAAAGAGCUUAUGAUCGCCUAGCAGCAGGCUAACUAACAAAAAUGCCAUGCUUGGCAUGUCAAGCAGAUACUUGACACACUGUCUUGCUGUACUUCUGAUACUCCAGUGACUAAAUGUACAAUUUUAGAUUAUUGAACUAAUGUGAGAGCACACUCAUUCAUUACAAAUUUUGUGGAUGCCAGGUAAGCAUUCCUAGAACAUGAAAAAAUUUGUUUAUCCAGUAAUAAAAAGAACUUUGACGAGGCCUCCAUGCUUUUGCACAUAUGUGAAAUGACAUUAUUUCAAACAUGAAGCUUUUCCAAAUGGGACAAAGUAAGAUUUCCAUGGAUUUUUUUUCCCAUGGGUGCAUUUAUGUGGUUGUAUUUAUAUUUAUAGCAAUGGCUAUGUAAAUGUGCUUACCCGAGGGUGUAUGUAAAAUCGUAUUGAAAUUGGAGGAUUUGGGACUGUUAGGGUUAUUGAACGAAACUUUGCUAUUAAUUCAAUUCAAUUCUGUUGCUUUCAAGAUAAACAUGUACGUGUAAAUCUUUGUACAUGUACACUGUACAUUCAUUUAUCACCCAUGUUGCAUAUUUAAACAUAUACCUGUAUGUACACUAUUAAGUUCCCUGUUCAUGUACUUUUAUAAUGGCUGUAAAACUGAGCAGUUGUCUGUCUCUAUGACAAGAACUAUUUUGGCAAGCAGUAAUUCAUCCGUCCACAAAAUGUACAUAAUUAUACAUGUAUAUAUUACAAAGAAACUUCAGCAGGGAAAAAACACAAGUUUCCAAGUUCAUUGCAGUUUAUUUCCACUUUUGACUGUUGCAAGACCAAAUGUUUUAAACAUUGGCUUUUUUUGUAUUACCACGAAUCUCUUGGUUACCUUUAUCAUUAAUUGCAUAACAGUUUGUUUUAAUGAUGGAAAUAUAGACGUGAUAUUUACAGAAAACAUCCAGUUGCAAAUUCAUGAAAGCCAAUAAAAAGUUUGUGAGUGGAACUGA